UGUACGAUUGUGGCGACAUCAAUGCGCACCAGUCUACGGUAUAGCUGCUGCGAUGGUGUAGUGAUCGCCAUAGAACUCGUAAAAAUUUGUCGAUGUACUCGAUGAACUUCGGGUAUUCCAAAAUUUCCUUUGCUUCUUACAAAGACCGUCUCACAUAAUAAAUGACAGAUGGAUGAAACUGAACGUUAGAAAUUCACUUCUACUUCCAUUAUAUGAUCAGAUGAUCAGAAUAAGUAUUGUUUGUCUAUGCUGAAAUAGCUAUUGCCACCAAGAUGAACAUUAAUUCAGUAGGCAUCACUGAUCUCUUUAACCUAUUAGAGUCUAACAAGCUUGGAGAAGUAGAAGAAAUAAAAAAAGUAUUCCAUGAACUUUUUCUAUGUACAAAAGACAAUUGGUUGGUAAACGGCCUCUUUGACUAUUAUCUGUCUACAAAUUCUUUGAGGGCUGUUGAGGUAUUAGCCAGUGUUCGAGACCCACACGAUAGGCAUCUGUUGGAUCGUUUGUCCGAAGCCCUUUCCAAACCUGGAAGCAGCAGCCAAAGAAUUCAAACUUUUACUUUGUUAGGUCAUAUUGCUCGUCGUCAACCGACAUGGCUGUAUAAACUUGCCGGUCAUGCUUUAUUUCGGGAUUUGCUUAAGUUACUUAAGAUGGAAGCAGAUACAUUGUCUCUUAUGAGCGCGCUUUUACUCUUGGUAAUGUUAUUGCCAAUGUUACCAGCUGCUUUAGGGCCAUACCUUUCAGAAAUUUUUGAAGUAUUUGGCCGAUUGGCUUCUUAUCAUCAUCAAUCGUCGUCUUUGUUUUCUGCUCCUAUGCAUUUCGCUCCUACAACAACAGGAACUAUUGAUAAAAAUCAUUUAUAUUUAUUGCAUCUACAAGUGGGACUGUACAGUUUAUUCCACAGAUUGUAUGCCAUGUAUCCUUGCAAUUUUAUUUCAUAUUUGAAACAACAAUAUAUUCAACGUGACCAGUUGGCUACUUUUACUCAUACGAUUAGACCAAUGUUGGAUUCAGUGCGUAUGCACCCGUUACUCGUCACUGCAUCUAAAGACGCAGAGAUUUCUGCUGCUAGGUGGAAAAAGAUGGAACACCACGAUGUUAUGGCAGAAUGUGGCCGUUUCACGUUAGACAAAUGCCGAGAGGAAGUAUAUAAUGCUGUAAAUUCACGCUCUACGCCGCCCUUAGAUCACUCUUCUAUGUGUACUUCAAUAAACACUAGCAGAGUAGCACCAUUGGAAACUAGCAACGGCGAAGAUGAUACUUUUUGGUCGCCAAGUAUGUCGGUGCCACCACUUAGCCCUCCAUUUCCAACUACAUCUCAUGAACAACGAUCUGCUCCCUCAACACCCAAUAACAAUAGAAGUGGCACAUCUCCACCGGAAGCUGCGGUCGAAGCCACGCCCGAAACAACUCCCGUCAAGGAUUUACGGAAAUUGUCAGCAAGACAAGUAUCCGUGGGAUCUGGCGCCGUCCGUUCUAUUACUGUAUUUGGUAAUGGUACAGCAGGAUCGAGUUCACGACCAUCAACGCCCAUUCCCUUAAAUCCACCGGUGUCUGCGACGACUAGUUCUACAAUCGGAAGCGGCGAUGGAAGUAAUGCACAUGGAUUUUUUUCGCACAAGAUAAGUAAAAUCAUUGCGGAUAGGCAAGGUGUUAGCCAGCAAAGGUCGUCAGUCAACGUUGACGAGAACGGAAGAUUUUCAGAAGUGGAUACGAAUCAGAAUGGAAAAAACGAUUCUUGGCACGAAGAUCAAGAGGUUUUAGAAAUUGUAAGCUCUCAAGCUGCUGGAAAACUCGAAUGCUCGAAAUAUGUUGAACGGCAGCAGCACCAUAACGAGAAAAUGCAAAAUACUUUGGCAGAUUUGUCCGAGAGGGUUUAUCAACUGCGUUUGUAUUCUCAAUGUCAAAUUCCAGCAAAAAAUUCGAAUUCUAGUUCGCUUUCCAAGGUUCGAAAAAGUAAAUCUUGUCCAGAUAUGGACAUUAAGAAACAAACUAAGGGGGGUAAAACAGAUCAGAUGAAAGUGAUCGGGGGAAAAAGAUUGGAAGAGAUUGGUACACAAACGUCUGAUCUGCUUCCGUAUGAAUAUUUGCUGCUGGGCAUUUUAGAUCAAACAAAUCAAAUGAAUGUACAAAAACGUGUCCAACAAGAUGCCGAAGUUAGAUUGUCGCCAACCGCGAUGCUCGAUCGAUACGUCGAAGCUUGCACACGGGCCAGUAACGUUUCUGGUGAUAAAAUGAGAACUAAUCCAGUAAGACAGAAGCAAAGGAAAGAAAAUGACGGGGAAGACGAAGCAGGGGAGGAUGAUGCUUUGGACGUUACGUGUGCAAGUCAACUGUUACAACUCAUGCAAAUUCAAUUGCAGUUUGAACGGCAACGUAGAGAAGUUCAUGCUGAACGUAAUCGAAGACUUCUCGGUAAACUGAGGGACUCGCGCGCGUUAGAAGAACACAAUUCUGCUUUGACUAAUCGAUUGAAAAUAAUGGAAAAAGAAGUUGAAGGCUUGAAGGCUGAGUUAGAACAUAACAAGAGAGAAACUUGUCAAGCUGAACAACAAUACAAGGAGGUAUUGCAUCACUGGCAAACUAAGUGCGUGGAAGAAGAACGAAAUAAUCAGACGCUGAAGGAACUUCUUGAAUCUGUCGAAGUUGAAUUAAAGAAUGAACAAAAGAAGGUAGUGGAAUGUGAACAGCAAAUUCGUUCCACGGAUGCUUCUCUUUUCGAUGCGGGGCAUCGAUUAAGAGUAGCAUUAAAAGCUGCGGAUCGUAGCAAAGAAUUAGAACGUACUCUUGAUACCGUACAAAAGAAAUUCCUUCUACUCGGAGAGGCACAAGCAAAACUGCAAGAAAGUACAGGUGGUGUUUCGCCAAUGAGUAAACAAGAAGCAACGCAGAUACAAAGAUCAUACACGGAAGAAUUAACUAACCUACGUCGUCAACUGGAAUCACGAACAUCUCUCGUGGAAGCCUUGAAAGUUCGUUUAAGCGAACUAGAAAGUAAAGAUUCGCGAAAAGAGGCACAGCUUGUAGAGCUGCAACGACUUUUACAAGAAACAAAAGAUCAACACGAGUCCGAGUUGGAAGCCGUUGAAUCGAAAUAUAAAGCUCAAGUCGAAAUUAAUCUUCUUCUUGAGAGUCGUAUACUUGAACUUCAUGGUACAUUGGAACAGGCGACUAGCAAUACUACUACUAUGAACAAUCUCGCUUCUUCGGCAUCACCUAAAGAAAGAUCGCCUCCAUUGUCGGCCAGUCUAGCUUCUUCCAGCGAAGGAAGCCUUGCCUUUAUCCAUUCUGGUACUGGGAUUAUGAUGAACGACUGUUGUGAUACCGCAGGCGAAAUUUCUAAUCUGCAAGCCAUCGUAGAGCCUGCGCCGAAUCAGGCAACUUCGCCGUCUCGUCAAAGUCAGCAGAAGCGAAAUCCUAAACAAGACUAACGCUACGCAAAAACGGCCAUCGAGUCUUUGUGCAUGCAGCAAUUCUAUUUUGCGCGCGAGCAAUUGUUAUCCACUGCCGUGGUAUUAAAUCAGAAGAAAGUUAUUUGUAGCUUUUUAUCGACAUAUUAUGCGGAAUUCAUACAAAUAUUAUUGCGUGAUUUCGAUAAAUAAUUGAAAAAUACACUGGUAAUUAAUAAAAUUACUAGCAUGAUAUGAUUUCACUCUUGAAAAAAUGAAUUCACAAUGAAUAAAUGGUUGAGAUAUUUUGUGAGCAAUUUUUCAAGUCUCGACUAAACCCAUCCUCGUAUACAUUUCCUUCGCUGUCUCUCUUUCUAUAUA